UCGACUCACGACAGUAUACGUACCGCCACCAAACUGUCCACUAGUGUCCGUACCGCUAUCACUAUACCGGUUAAUUACGGUUUUUUUUAGUGUUGUGUUUUGUGUAUUUUAUAUCGGAUUUAUUUUGUAAUCGGUUUUUUUUUUAUUGUGUUUAUUUUGAAAUGUUUUGUAAAUGAACGUGAAAGUGUAUAAUACAUUUGGAUGUUUAUUACUCAAUUACAAUUAAACGGCUGAGCGGAUUCGAAUGAAAUAUGAAGCGUGCGAGGACAGUAACGACUUCGAAGCAGUGACCGCAACAAGAAACAGUUUAUUCAGAGGUCGUCCACUAUGUGAACAAACACAAAAUGCUGCUCAAACUGUGCAAAUCAUGCCAGUACUGUCUGGAAACAAUGUACUGGAAUUGCUGCGAGGAGAAAUUCUGUUUCGAUAAGAAGAUAGCAUCGUUUAAGCUAGAUGAGGAUCAUGCAUACACCAACGGGCACGCCAACAUGGGCGCCAGUUUGGACAGCGUAGUGACGGAGCAACCCAUUAACAAUAAUCACUUGCCUCUAAGGGCUAUAUCUGGAAGGGAGUUGAAUGAACUACCGGUACACAUUGAUAAACUUUACGAGGUUUUCUCUAAAUCUUUAAUAUUUAGAGACGACCAUGAGCUCAAGGCGAAAAGCAGCGUCGACUCGUUGGACGAGUACGAAACGAAAUCGGAACCUGACUAUUUGUCCGAUAAACCCAAUCGAUCAAAAGUUUACUUUGAAGACGAAAUCAACUCACCAGUCACUGAUUUCGAGAUCAUGUUCAAAGACGAACUAUUAACUGGUUAUGACAAAGAUGAACUAUUAUCCGGUUAUGACAUAUUCAAAAUUGAAGAAGAAGAAGAAAGCGAUAAAGCCAGCCAAGACACUGAAGAGGGACUCACAAUGAACGUGUCUGUUAAGAAACAAGACGUUAUAAAAACAAGUACUGUAACAAUAAAGGACGACUCAAAAAUUACGACAAUUAAUCCAAUUUACAAGUACGACCCUAUUUCUGUAGUCGCCUUACCUUCUACUCUAAGUCUGCCGAGAGUAGAAAGUGUUAAAGGUAUUCUCAGGAGCAACAGUGCAAAAACAUUAGAAAGAGUAGACAGCGGAAACAGAAUAUCUAGACCACAAAUCAGCCGAGUGGAAAGUCUAAAAAAUAUAGAUCCUACAAAAAUUAACAGAGUGCUAUCAAGAGUUCCACAUAGGAGCGCUUCGUUCUUGAACAUUCCAGCUCAUCUGACGCCAGCGAAACCGCCGUUGGUGAAGUCCAAAUCCAUGGUCGGGGUGUUAUCAGCAACGGAAGAGUUGAAACUCAGCAGUCUACCUGAUACACCAAUUAUAAAAAGCAAUAACCUCCCAAGAUUCUUCGCCGAUAGCCCCUCUAUACCUGAAUACAGAGGUGAUGUGAGUCUACAGAGUAUAAAACAGAAAUCAGCCAUGAUGUUCCAAGAGAACGAUUUCAGCAUGCCAAGAUAUUACGGUACUGUAACAAAAGCAACGGAUCCCAAUCCGGUACAUGAAAGCAAGUCAAUGCCGGAUUUGAGGAACCCUAACUCAUCCGGGAAGUCUAGUAAACGGUUAGUAAAACUGAGAAGUAGAUUGAAACCUUUAGUUAUUAGAAAAAGUUCCGAAGAAAAAUUAUAGGUAUUUUAAACUAUUUGACUAUAAACAAAUUGACGUAAUAAGCAAUGUUAAGAAUAAAAAUAUAUUGCCAUAGUGUUUUCCCUGUAAAACACUUAAGGAAAAUAAAUUUAUAAAUUAAUUAAAUUUUGUUUAGAUUUAUAUAGGUAUACUUCCAAACUAUUAUGAUAAUUUAUUGUCAUAGUUAUUCAUGAUAAUUCUAAUUAAUAAAUAUUUUUGAAUGAUUAUGACUAUAAUAAUAUAAUUAAAUUGUAACCAGACAAUAUGGGAGAUAUUUAAGAAAUAUUUAUUUAUUAGGACCUACAAAUGUCGAAAUAUUGUUGUUUUAUUUUGAUAUUUAUCUGUCUAUAUUUUUAUACACAAUGAUAAAUCGUCAUUGAUACAAUUUAAUUACUAGAAUUAGAAUUUAUAUACCGUAAUUAUGAAAUGUGUAAGAACAUAAUGAAAACGAUUUUAUAGUCCCAGUGAAUUUAUUAAUAAUUAAUGAGAUUAAAUAUUAAAUUCGUUGCGAAAAGUAUUACUUUAAACUCAGUGUUAUUUACAUUUAAUACAAUUUUAAUUAUAAAAAUAUACUUCUAUUUAAUUUAAUUUAACUAAAAGUAACCUAAUAUUUCAUAUAAAAAUUAAUUCGAUUAUAUCCUUUAAAAUGAUUUUCAUUCGUUUUGUUAUGUUUUAUUUAAAAAUAUAAUCUCAUGUCUAUAUUUCUACUAACCACUUACCAAAAAAUGAAUACAGUUUAUAAUAAUAUUUUUUUUUUAACCUAUUAUUACUUAUUGUUAAGUACUUAAUAACUCAACAUACUUUAUUCACUGUAUAUUCACUACAUUCUAUAAUUUUAAUUGCUUUAUUGAAUAUCUACAGAUAAUAUCAAUAUUUUCACAUCUUAUUUUACACAUUUAAUAAUUAAAUUGUAAAUAAAAUUGUAAAAUUUAUUGUUAUCUAUUUUUGUAUUAAUUGUUAUUUAAAUAUGGAUUUAAGAAAGUUUUAUCUAUAAAUAAGGAUAGUCUGCUUUAAUGUUAAUUUUUUUUUAAAAACUAUUAGCUUUAUUUACCAGAUCACAAUGUUAAAUGUUUAAUUAUUAUAUCUGAAUAGUAAAAUAAAUAUAGUUUCAAUUUUAAUAUACCUGUUACAGUAUUUGUCAUAAAGAAUAAUCAGUAUUCAUUGCUCAAAAGAUUGUACCUAUCAAUUGUGAUUUUACGAUACUUAAAAUAGUCUUGAACAAUAACUUAGCUAAGUAAAUUAGAUUAGAAACAUAGAUGCUCGCAAAUAAAUGCUUGUGAUUAACUCGAUAAUAAUAUGACCAUCACGUCGUCUAGUCAGUUCAACUAAUUGGUCAAACACCAAAUCGUAAUUUUAUAUUUAAGUUAAUAUAAAAAUCUGCUUAUUGAUUAGAUCUGUGUAUAGAAUUCGUGACUUAAUUAAAAAUAACAUAAUUUAUAUAUAAUGUAAAGAUUAAGUGCAAUUAAAUUAAGUAUUGUGUAAAUGUUAAUUUAUUUGUGUAAAAUUACACAAAUAAUUUAAUUAAUUAUUAAUUAAACUGAUAAUAUAUUAAAAUAAUAGUUUAAAGACAAUUUGAAUGUUGAAUAGUUUAUACCAAUAAAAAAAAUACAUUUGGUUUAUAUGUAUAAAAUUAAUUAAUUCUAUGUAAAAUUUAAUCUCACUACACAAUAUGUCUCUAAAGUACUAGUAGAUGAGUAAAAAAGUUGGAUGAAUAAAGAGAGAUGUAUAAAUAAA